UUACACGGGGACCCUCGUUGUGCCACUCUGUCUGCUUUUGCAGCGUGUUUGGGCUUAGUUCCCGACGAACGUUUCCCGGCACACCUCAUUAUUACUGAUGGCUCUCCUCCCCUCCCCCCGCCCCCCUCGCCCAGAUAUCUCGCCAUCGUUCACCCCUUGAAACCACGGAUGAACUAUCAAACGGCCUCCUACCUGAUCGCUUUGGUCUGGGUGGUGUCCAUCCUCAUCGCCAUCCCGUCGGCCUACUUCACCACGGAGACGGUCCUGUUCAUCGUCAAAAACCAGGAGAAGAUCUUCUGCGGCCAGAUCUGGCCGGUGGACCAGCAGCUCUACUACAAGUCCUACUUCCUGUUCAUCUUUGGCGUGGAGUUCGUGGGCCCCGUGGUGACCAUGACCCUGUGCUACGCCAGGGUCUCCCGCGAGCUCUGGUUCAAGGCGGUGCCGGGCUUCCAGACGGAGCAGAUCCGGAAGCGGCUGCGCUGCCGCAGGAAGACCGUGCUCGUGCUCAUGUGCAUCCUCACGGCCUACGUGCUGUGCUGGGCGCCCUUCUACGGCUUCACCAUCGUGCGCGACUUCUUCCCCGCCGUGUUCGUCAAGGAGAAGCACUACCUCACGGCCUUCUACGUGGUCGAGUGCAUCGCCAUGAGCAACAGCAUGAUCAACACCGUGUGCUUCAUGACGGUCAAGAACAACACCAUGAAGUACUUCAAGAGGAUGAUGCAGCUCCACUGGCGGCCCGCGCACCACGGGAGCAAGUCCAGCGCCGACCUGGACCUCAAAACCAGCGGCACGCCGGCCACGGAAGAGGUGGACUGUAUCAGGCUGAAAUAACCCGCUGGCGUCCGGGAAGCCCGGAAGCCAGAACUCUGCGCAUAAUCCGCCGGUAGCCAAGUUAACGCUGGACUGCCCGGGGAAGGACAGCUGUGUUCCACGCCUCAAGGCCCUCGAGGAGCUAGAGGCUGCUCGGUCCUGACAGGCAGUGAGACUCGAGACAGGUAACAGCAGCUGAGAUUGACUGAACACCUACUGUGUGCUGGCCGCACCAAGGAGAUCCGACAAGGCCCCCAUUACCUACUGUGGGCCAAAAUUAAACAACAAGACAAAAUGGCAGAAGCUGUUGGAAUCACCAAGCUAGGGCCAGUCAGGGGCCUCAGAUGGUUAUCUCCACUCACUCUCCAUCUCCCUGCCUGCAUUCUGCAUCUCAUCAGGGCAGGAACAUCAGAAGUCUAUAGAAUAAACCACUUAGCCAUGACCAAACGUAAAGAGUUCAUCAGAGUGUGGGGUUUAUAGCCUCGUGGGAAGAGGGUUCAUGCCAUCCCAUUGAACUUUCCCACUCAGUUCCUACUACCUCCCUAAAGGUAUUCUCUAGGAUUCUGGCUGCGAGAAAAACAAUUUUCUCAUAACCAGGCCAUUGGUUAUCUACAAUGGUGUAAUUUCAAAGGAAAGGACCAAAAAAAUCUCUUUUCCACUGACUCUUGCAAGCUCAUCAUUCUUGUGGGUGAAGACAUGCAGACCUGAAAUGAGGAACACACCCAGUCCCUGACACCUUAGUGUAAAGGGUUUCAGGGCUUGUAAGGUCUGGGAGGAAGGGGACAGAGAAAGGGAUGGAGCUUGCCAUUGGCGAUGAACACAAUCUAUGUGGCAAAGGUCUGGGUCACUUUCUAGGACAAGUCUCUUUUGAGAACAAACGAAAUGAGCUCUACUUGGAAAGGAAAGGCCUGGGUUCAAGUCUUAAUUCUAAGAUUUAUGUGACUGGCUGCUUAUUCUCUCUGCUUCUUGGUUUUGCUUCAGCCAAACAAGGGUGAUGAAAACACUUGUGCUGUCUCCCUUACAGGACUCUUGGGAGUGCCCACAGGGGCCAUACGUGGUGGAAGUGCUUUUUAGCUCUACCAGUGAUAAGAAUGAAGAAGUGAUAUUGAGCAGUUUGGAUAAGGGAAACCCCAUCCACUGUAACUUAAUGCGAACAAACGUUCCCAAUUUUUCAUUCCUGUUUUUCGGACCAGAGACCUCUGAACUCUUCACAGUGCAACCUAUCCCCUGGGGCAAAAAAAAAGGAACCCCUGUCCUGGUUAAAAUGUGGAAGAUUUAACCUCAGAAUUUCAGUGACACCUGCCCCUCCCCCCCAACCUCCUCAGAAGUGUUGACAAUCUUCCCUGCAUGUUGUUAAGCAGCACAGGCCUGGGCUGCAUAUGUUUGUAUUAUUAUACAUCCAUGGUGAUUGUGUGUAUAUGUUUUCAGUUCUUCCUUGGUCCUUCUGAAGCAGAGACUACAAAUGGCCUGUGGUUUGGGAUUGACCCAUCCGCAUUGGGAUAACUCCUACUUUUCUCUAGAGAAAGGGUUUUUUGGGUUAUU